AUGCCGGGCAUCGAACCGGCCCUUCAGGUCGAUUCGACGGGUUCAACAGGGAUCAUCACUGCACGAGGACCUUCGAAAUCUGACCCGCCACGACCUUCAAGUCAAGUCGUUUCGACCACUCCGCCCAAAAUGAGCUCUGCACCGACUCCAGUACGUCAUUCGCCGGCUCACAAGGCAGCAACCACCACCACCUCCACUGCGAGCGCGACAGCCCACGAGAUCGCGCCGACGAGCGGAACAAGUCCGACGGGUAGUGGCGAGGGCAAACGACAGUCUCCACUGGGCGAGAGGGCAAGAGGGCAUCCACAACAGCAAAAUAUCAAACAACAGCGAAGUGGAGUAGCUGGGUCCAACUCUAGGGAUCGAAGCAAGCAUAGUGAGUCCGAUAUGCUCGUUCGCUGAUGGACGGCGUAGAGGACAGCGGUUGGUCGGCUUGAACCCCGAUUCCGAAAUGACGUAGGCAUUCAAACGGCUGUUGGAGGCGCGCGAAUGAGUGAGAGCGGCAAGGGGAUCGUCUGGGUCUCUACACAACUAGCAUACCUUGCUUAUCAAAAUUUCAAUGCAUACACUUCUCAUUGAAUAUCGAAACGAACGCUAACCCUUCUUUGCAAUCACCCGUCGUCCCCGCAGAAGGCCAAUCGAUCUCGCUUCGAACUUCUCCGACACACCAGGCUGCUUCGGACGCACGCUCGACCCCUGGCUCGGGGAGGUCAUCCUCUUCCAGAGUAAGUUACCUAUCCAUCGACUCAAUGGGGUGUCUCUUCACGACACUAAAACCCAAACUCGCAGAACCUCCUGAUAAACACCUACACCACCUCGCGCCACCCGGGCUCAGGAGACGACUCGCCUAUGACGAGCAACCCGAUGUGUCGAGGACAGUCUGAUUUUUCGAGGAGCAGUCCUGCGACGACAGCGACGUAUUUAUCAUCUGCGUCAUCCGAUAACGCUCACGGCUACUCCGUUCCAGGAAUGAGGGAAGACGAACGGUAUGCGAACAUGCACUCCGGAUAUUUAGAGCGACCCCACGCUUCUACAAGUCGGUCAUUCGUAUCGCCGAGCUCGCCUCAGAUGAUGUCGUACGCUGCACCGCAAGGAUACGGCCACUAUCCACCGAUGUCGCCAGAGUCACAACAUCCCCCUCAAAUGUACAGCAAUGGCCAGCAGACUUACGUCCUCGACUCGUCGGGCCAGUAUCGAUCGGAAUCACUAGGCCAGGCCUGGUCCCCGGGUUACCCUCCGCCGCAGCAGUACCACGUUCAAUACGUGCCACAGUACACCACCGCCUCGCCUGCCAUGACGAGCCACGGACAGAUGUACUCUCCCGCGAUUUCGUCUGCUCCUUUCAUGUGCCCGAGCUCGUCGGAUAGGCACCACAGCAUCAGCGAGCACUACACGGGCAUGACGUACGCUUAUCCGGGCGAACGUACGUCUCCAAUGUCGGAGGGCUUGAGCAUGUUCUCGCAACCACCGCAUUCAGGACGUGAUCGACGACCCAGCAACACCUUUUCGGAUGGAUCGAGUUAUGGUCACGAUAAUCGAUCGUACCAUUCCAUGGACAUGUCGACGGGUUCACCUUACGCGACGGCGGGAUAUUCAGCUGUGCCGGGCUACCCCUAUUAUCCGCAGCAGCAGCAGUAUUCGCACCAGCAGCAAUUCGCACCGCAGCGCCACGGCCCCCACCAUCAGCAGCAACAACAAAUGCACCUCCGAAUGCAGCAACAUCAUCCUAAUCGUCAAUUCCAUACUCAUAAUAUGUCUGGGCCUUUAUCCCCCACCAUGUCAUACUCGGGUGGCUACGAGCAGCAGUCUGCGCAGGCCCACGCUUCCGACUAUCCCUCCUCCUACGUUUCAGGCGAGCCCCAAGUCUACGUACCGCCUAUCGAGGUCUCUCGAGGCCAGUUGGCUCAGUCUAGGCUCCACGACGCCAUCUAUUCUCGCGACACCAAGUAUUCGAGCCGUCCCCCCACAGCCGCGAUGACGACCCCAGUUGGCGCACACGGUGGAUUAGCCAUGCCCAAGCCACCUGCCCAUUCUCCUCACGCACUGUGGGUGGGCAAUGUCCCGGCGGAUGCAACGCACGCCGAACUAUGGCGCUUCUUCGCUGGUCGUCCUCCACCCGCGUCUUCCCCGUCCUCUUCAUCGAACGCUUCGGUCGUUGAAGGCGGUGUCGACUUGCGUUCGAACGGAAUCGAAUCGAUCCACUUGAUCGCUCGGUCGAACUGCGCGUUCGUUAACUACGCCUCGGACGUGCAUCUACAACAUGCGAUCACCGUCUCGAACGACCUCCCCUUGCGACCCCACGAUCCGAGGGCCAAGAACCUCAUCUGCCGAGUCCGUAAAAAGGAAGAUGAUGCCAAAAGUGGAGUAGGCGCACAACGCAUCGGAGGAAUGCACCAUGCUUUCGUGGCAGCUCGGAAGCACGAAGAAACGAGAGCAGCCAAAGAAGCGGCCGAUUCGGCUCGGGAAAUCACAUCGGGGCCAGGGCAACAGGAGGAGGAUGGUAGAGUACGAUCAAGCGGUGAAACUCGCGUCGCGUCCAUCUCCAGCGUCGGCGGAAAUUCCAUCUCGAGCACAAGCACGAGUAGUUCGUACCUCGCUCGGCACUUCAAGAAGCGGUAUUUUAUCCUGAAGGUCAGUUACAGGAAAGGCUAACCGGUGUCGGAUUUUCCUGGGAGACACUGACCCGCUUUUGAUUUUUGCGCAGUCGCACGACGAGAAUGAUCUUCAUCUUUCGGUCGAACGAGGCUUGUGGGCCACCCAGAGUCAUAACGAGGUAAACCUCCCGAGGAAUCAUCUCCGCACACCAAGCUCCAACUAAUGCGAAUAUAUCUCUUCGCUGUAGCCCAUCCUUCACCAAGCGUUCAAUACGGCGACGGACGUCUUCUUGAUCUUCAGCGCCAACAAAAGCGGAUGCUUCUUUGGCUAGUACGUGCUGCAGGUACUCCUUAGAGUGAGUUAAAAAUGGCUGUACUGACCCAGCCUUUCGAUAUUGCAGUGCACGGAUGACGUCAGGUGUCUCCAACGAUCUCAAGAAGCGUGUGUCGUGGUCGUCUCGUGAACCCUCACCGAACUCGAAAGACUCGCAAAAUUCGUCCCUCGAUUCGUCGAACUCGAAGGACUCGUUGAACUCGAAUGCUUCGAAAGGAAGCCGUGCUAGUAUGAUGCCUCGCUCCUCGGCGAUUCUUGAGGAAAACGAGGACAAUGUUGAGCCCCCAGAAGAGAAGGAGGAAGUAGAGGAGGUGGCAAAUGGCUCCCGAUCGCCUGCGGUCGAAAUCUCGAACGGCGUCAGCUUAAAGACCUUGCCCAUUCUGUUCUCACCUUCAGAGAACCGAUGGCUUGACAAAUCUCCUUUAUCUCUUAGUCCUGCCGGAGGACCCACAACAGAAUCGGCUCCCGCUACCCUGGCUCCUGAGACGAAGGAAGCGUUCGCUGUCGGUUCCGCCACACUCGACCCGAACCAACUUCGUCUUCAUCGCUUGGUCAUCGAUGACGAAUCUGGACCUAGUACAGAAGCCAAAGCGCAAAGUGCCCCAGUGAGGACUCACCGAGCGGUCUUGACACAACAACUCUUGGGUGGAAGUGACGCGCCGAGUACGUUGGGUGCCGAUGGGGUACGAAGGAAGGAUAUGGUCAUCAGUCCGCUGGAGAAGAGUGAACGAAUGGGAAAGCUUGGAGUUAGGUGCGUCUCGGUGUUUCGCAUCGCUCCCAAAAGAACUUGAAAACUGAAAUUGGCGCACUUUACCGUAUCAGUCUAUCCCCGAUCGAAACUAUCGAAGCGGCACUGCCGCAGCCGCACGAAGACUCCCUUGGUUGGGGACGACCGUUCUCUGUCAAAUGGUUGAAAGUGUAGGUGCAGCGAUUGAACACUGCAGUACCUCUCAAGUGGUACUUACUCGCUUUCCCUUUUUCUCUCUAUCUUAGCUCCACGCUACCAUUCUCUCAAUGUAAGCACAUCCGCAACGAGUUCAAUGGCAACCGCGAAGUAAAAAUUUCUCGCGAUGGUACGUCAUGGUGCGAUUCCGACGUCGGCUAUUCUGACCACUGACUUUUAUGUUUGUCUCUACGCUUGAAUAGGAACCGAAGUCGAACCUUCGGCGGGUGCAGCACUGAUAGCACAGUUUGAUGUAGAGUGA